GUUAGGGGGUACGGAGGCGAUAAGGCUCCUCGAAACUUGGCUUAAUGGCACGUGUUGGUCAAUCCGUUGCGUGCUGAGGCGGUUUUGUACAUUUCGGGCGGCUUUAUUUAUCAAACCAAGCUUAGCCGACAGUGGCUUGUGAUUUUAUUUUACUGAUAUAUGCACAAAACAGAGAAGUUUAGUUUUUGGAGGAGAGAAUGAUGGCAAGUAAUACGGAGAUGGGUGAAGUUUUGGCUUUGGAGCUUCCUGCACCUUCUUCUUGGAAGAAACUGGUCAUGCCAAAGAAAGGGGGUAAAGUAAAGAAGAAUGAGGUUGUAUUUGUUGCUCCAACUGGAGAGGAGAUCAGGAACCGCAAACAGUUAGUGCAGUACCUGAAAACACACGAUGGAAAUCCUGGUGUAUCAGAAUUUGAUUGGAGUAUCAAGGCAAUGCCCCCUACGGCAGGGGUUGAGCCGACAAAGAAACGACGUCGAACAUCUUCAGCUACAGAAAAAGAUAAGGAAAUGGAUGUAUCAGACAAGAAAGAGAUGGAAUCUGCUAGAGAAGAAAAGGAUAAUGUAGUAGAAGAUGAAAUGGAGGACAAGGAGAAGGACGAGAUGGGGCCUAAGAAAGAAGACAGAGAGUACAAAAAAGAAGAGGAAAUGCCUGAUAGAGAUGCUUCAGAGAAGAAAAUUGAAGCCACUAAUGACACUGAGGUAGACAAUGGAAGAGAUAAAUUGGCAGGAAAUGGUUCAGAGGAAAUCAUUGCCAUUGAUGCCAAGGUCCAUAACAAUUCCAUGGACAAGGAUAAUUUCGAGGGACUGGUAGCAGAUGCAGCCCUUGGAGGAACAAAUGCUGCUGAAGCCGGACCAGAAGUCGAGGAGAAACGUGGAUCUGGAGAAAAGCUAGAGACUCAAAUUGAUGAAGAUAGCAGUGCAGGUGACGUGAACCGAGAUAUUCCAGAUAAGGUCACACCAGAAAGAAGUGUUACAGGAAACGAAACUGACAAUAUCCAGGAACCUGGAUUAGUUGGGAAAGCUAAUGAUUCCUACGCGAACUUUGGAGAGUACAGGUCGUUGGAACAAGAGAAAGAAAAGAAUAGAACAAGUUUGAUGAUGGAUAAUGGCGAGAUUAACCAACCAGGGCCAGCACACACUGCACAACAUAAACCAGCUGCAUCUAUUAGUUGCUAAGUUUAGCAUUUAAAAUACCUUAGGCUUUCUCCGGGUGCAUGUUUCAUCUCUCAUUGCGAUUAGUACAAAUAAGUGUAAUAGUGUGCUUAGCAGUUUAAAAAAUAAUAACAUUAGAAGUUUAAUACUCCUGUAUCUUUGUUAAGCGGAUGAUUGCUCUGCUAUUUUGUUA